AUGGUGAACCCGCCGGAGCUCUACCACCGGAUCCUCGACGUCCCCAGGGGCACCUCGUCGCAGGGGCUCCGCGCCGCCUACAAGGGCCUCGCCAGGAAAUGGCACCCCGACAAGCACCCGCCGGCCUCCAAGCCCGAGGCCGAGGCGCGCUUCAAGGCCAUCACCGAGGCCUACGAGGCGCUCCUGGACCAGCAGGAGAACAGGGCGGUGUUCGGGGUGUGCAACGACGACCGGGCGGCCGAGAUGUUCGGGACGUUCGGCGCCGGCGCCGGCGGGGGCGGCGCGCGCAUGGCGAGGUCGCGCAGCGACGACUUCUGCAUGCGGAGCGCGCCCGCCACACCGGCCAGGGAGUUCACCAAGGUCUACAGCUCCGGCAACACGGGCGGCCGCCGCGCCUUCGCCGAGUUCUCCAGCUCCAUCAUGCGCAAGGCGCCGCCGCUGGAGCGCGCCCUCGAGUGCACGCUGGAGGAGCUCUGCCGCGGCUGCAAGAAGCAGGUCAAGUUCACCCGCGACGUCGUCACCAAGAACGGGUCAAUAGUUAAGAAGGAGGUGACCCAGGCGAUCAUGGUGAAGCCGGGGUGGAGGAAAGGGCACAAGGUCACCUUGGACGGCAUGGGGGAUGAGAGGCCAGGGUGCCUACCGGCGGACGCCGUCUUCACCGUGGCCGAGAAGAAGCACUCGACGUUCAAGAGGGUGGGCGACGACCUGGUGCUGAAGGCCAAGGUGCCGCUGGUGAACGCGCUCACCGGCUGGUCAUUCUCAUUCAGGCUCCUGAGCGGCAAGAAGGUGAGCUGCUCGUUCGACGACGAGGUCGUCUGCCCUGGGUACGAGAAGGUGAUCAAAGGCGAAGGGAUGCCGAUCGCCGAGCAGAGAGGCGCGCGGGGCGAUCUACGGGUGAAGCUCGAGAUCGUCUUCCCGGAGCAGCUCACCGACGAGCAGCGCGCCGGCCUCGCUGAAAUCCUCAAGGACUGCACCUGA